CCGACCAGUGCGGCUCGUUCGGGAGGGACGGCCAGUGCUGGCACGACCCCCGUCCCCGCCCGCAUGCCCACCCCGCGCCGGGAAGGGUGUUCCGGGGGCGGGCGAAGGGCGGGAAGGGGGACGGGUUAUCGAGAGGGAAAAUCGGCGGCUGUCGGCGCAGAACGAACUCGCAUUCCGUGCCGGCGCCUGGGACCCCUCGUCCGCCUCUCGCCAUGGGGCUGCAGCCCCGGCGCGCCGCGGGACCCUGCCCGCCCGCGGGGCGAAGCACCGCCCUGCCCGGAGGGCGCUCCGCGCCUCCCUGGGCCCGCAGCGACGAUCCGGAGGGAACUCCCGGGCGCCCCGCCACCCUGCCGCCCCUCCUGCCGGCCAUCCUGCCGGCCCCCACCUCUUCCCCCGCUGCCUCCCGGGCACAGCCCAAGAAGCCGGCGGCGGCCGCCUCGGCUCCCAAGAAGGCAGCGCCUCGGCCCGCAGAGGAGAAGGCGGCAAGGAAGGUGCGGGGGGCGCCCCCGGAGCGGCCGGGCCCCCUCUCCAGCUCCUGGCCCUGCUCGUCCCUGCAGCGACCGCCGCCGCGGAGACCGCCAGCCGAGAGGGCGGCGCGGCCCCAGCCCACCCCGCCGCAGCCGCGGGGCCGCCCGGGGGCGCCGGGGGCGGGCAGCCGCUCCUGCGAGAGCCUCGGCGGGGCGCCGGGGGAGGCGGCGGGGCGCUUCUCGCUGAGCCUGCCCCCGGAGGCCAUCCGGGUGUUGCAGCGUCGAAGCCUGGAGCGCCAGCGGGGGCAGCCCGCGCCCUCCCCCGCAGGCAGAGCCGCCCCGGCCCGGCGCGGCGACCUGCGCGCUCUGCUGAAGGUUUCGCUGCUCAACGACCGGCACCGYUACGACGACGAGGAGUACGAGGAGGAGGAGGCGGGGGCCGCGGCGGACGAGGGGCUGGUGCGGAAAUGCACCGAGUGGCUGCGCGGCGUGGAGAGCGCGGCCGGGCGCGACCACCCCGAGCGGCUGGAGACACUGCCGCAUUUGGGCACCCUCUGAGCCCCGCCGGCAUCGGGCAGCGGCACGGCGGGGCCGCCGGAGCGGUCGGAACGGGGCGCGGUGGGGCCGCCAUCCGCGAUGUCGUGUUCCUUGUGGUCUUGUCGGCGCCAGAGCAGCUCGGGCGAGUGGCGGCGGGGGCCGGGCAGCGGAGCCCUGCCCGGAGCCGAUCCUCGGGCCGCCGCCGCCGUCACCGGGGCGAAGGACAAAGGAGAGGCGCCGGCCUCCGGUGCUGGGAGGGAGGGCACCGGCUGUCGGCGCCCUGCCUCCACCCUCGCGGUUUUUUUAAAGAUUUCUGAGUACUUUAUAAAAUGUGCGUAAUGGUUUUGUAUAUUUGUACAUAAAAGUUCAUUUUUAUUUAUUUGAAUAAAGGACUCUUGUGUUGCGGUA